AUGGAAGGCUGUGCAGCCAUCAUCCUCUCUUCCACCAUCCUUCUUGCCUCUCGUCGAGCUCGGUGUUCUGCUGCUGCAAAUAUCAAAGCAGCCACGGACAGCGCCAUGUCGCAGGCGCCCAUCGCCGCCUCGUCCUCGUCGCUGGCGUCCAUAGCCACCGAUGCGGCCUCCAUGUCCAGCACGGCGGCCGAAACGGUAGCAGCCACCGCUGCCGCAGCCGCUUCGUACGCCGACGACCGCAAUCCGCUCAUCGCACUCAUCGAUGGCCUGCUCCGUGUGACGCUCGCCUCGCUCAAUCUCAUCCGCAUCUUGGCCACAUUCUCGACGAUCACCGUGCCCAGCCUCGUCUACACCAUCUUGCACUACAGCCUCACGCUCCAGCUCAACUUUCCCUCGCUCGCCCUCCUCUUCCUCACAUCGCUUGUAUCCGCCUUUAUCUGGCUUCGCUACAGGCACUUGAACAAGUACGAGCGGCUGCGCGAAGUGCCACUCACCCGAGAUGAGGGCUUCAAUCUCAAUCCCGACGUCGCUUCGGCUGGCACAGACAACGAUCGAGGCAGCUUCCACAACUACCUCGACGACUUUCUCCAGGCCAUCCGCAUCUUUGGCUUUCUUGAGAAGCCCGUCUUCCACGAGCUCGCACGCCACAUGCAGACGCGCAGGCUCGUGGCAGGCGACAGCCUUUCGCUCGACACCGACUGCUCCUUCUACAUCGUCAUCGAUGGCCAUGUCCAGGUGUAUGCGCCCCUUCCUUCCGCCACCGCGAGCGCUGUAGGCCAGGACUCGGUCGAAGACGAGGACGACAACGGAUACCAGCUGCUCAACGAGGUCGAGAGCGGCGGCACCCUCAGCAGUCUCUUCACCAUCCUCAGCCUCUUUACCGAGGACGUCAAGUUAUCCUUUGGCCACGAGCACGACAUGCACUCGGCACCGCACAAUCUGGGUCCGAGUCCCAUGGAUCGUCACUUUAGCUUCGGCUCUACAGCGCACUCCACGCGCAUGGGCAGAGGCACUGGGAGCGCAGACGGCUCGACUGCCCCAACAUCGCCCUACGCCUCGGCUUUCAACGCCCCUUCUCAGACGACGGCACAGCUCCAACUCAACGCUGCCGCACUGCGCAAUGUCCCCAACGCCCUGUCCACCGAGGGAGCCGUCGAGCGUCUUGGCGCUUCUGCGGUACGUGCUGGUGCCAGGCCGACUCACGCAAGAACUGGGUCAUCCGGCACGGGCUCCGUCACCGUCCAGGACGGCGACAACAGCACCGUCAUGGACGCCGCAGAGCAUCAUGACGACAGCGGAACAAACUCCCUUGGGCAUGCUCCAGACCUUCAGAUGCCACCUGCCCAGGCCUCCGCGCCCUUCUCUCAUUUCGCCCCUGGCUACACGGCUUCGCCUGCAGGCACUCCCCUGCCAAAUCUGCCAAGCUCUACCCAGUCCCCAUACUUCCGCGGACGCGCUGCCUCGGUUCAGGGCAUGCAUGACCCACACAUCGGUCCUCACACCCCUGGGUCCAUCCUCAGCGCCAUGAGCAGCGCACACGGCCACCUCGGCCGUGGCGCCGAAGCCUUCCACCACCAAGGCGCAGGUACGGUGGCGCGUGCCACCGUCGACACCACCCUCGCCGUCAUCCCGGCAGAGGCAUUCAAGCGCCUCACCAAAAAGUUCCCCAACGCGGCGGCGCACAUCGUACAGGUCAUCCUCGCUCGCCUCUCGCGCGUCACCUUCCACACGGCGCACAAGUAUCUUGGGCUCACCAAGGAGGUCAUGCGUACAGAAAAGUCGAUCAACGAUCUCGCAUGCUUCCCGCUGCCUUCCGAGUUUUACGAAAAGGGCGGCAUGGACAGGCUGCGCCAACGCUUCCUCCCCCAGCCUACCUCGCAUCGCGAGUCUUCGUCCGCCCUCAACGACGACGACUACUUCCGCAACUUUCAGGAGUGGACCACGGGUGCACAACGUAGCAGCACGCCCGUGCCAGGCGAACGCCGCUCUGCCGAUGACACCAGCGUGCCCAAGGUCAGGAUUGCAGAACCAGCAGGCUCGGACACUAGCCCCAAGCAGCAGAACAGGAAGGCUGCGCCUCCGCGCAUCUCGACGGCCAAGACUCCUUGGGGCCAUCCCGAUCCGGCCUUAAAGACACCUUUGGCCCGAACCACGGUCGGCCCGGGCGAUCUGCUCAGCAUGGCCAGCCUCAGUUCGGAUGGCUGGUAUACCGGCGGCUUUGAUAUUCACUCUGCCCAGCCCACGCCUCGCGCAAAGCCGCGCUCCGUCUCCAAGCUCGACCCGUUCCACGGCCCGCUGCCGCAUCCUAUGGACGACUCGCACAGCGGCACCAGUCCCCGCUCCGGCUCUUCACGUUCCGGCAACUAUGGCAACUCGCACAAUACAGACGAGGGCGAGGGAGACCAUCCCUUCUCCUCCAUCGGUCUGUCGCACUUUGACAUCAAGAGCGAGGUCAUGGACUGCAUCGCCAAGAGUAUCGGCCUUGCCCAGGCCGCCGUGUCUCCCAUCGCGGCCAGCUACCAGGCAAGCCCGCACAUCAGUGCGCAGGACGCGCUGCUGCAACGCUCCGUGUUCAAGUCGGCCUUCAGCUCGCUCAGCAUGCUCGACGCAGCAAUGGCAGAGGAGGAGUCGAGCAUCACGGGAACCAACAGCUCCAUGGCCGGCCACGGCCAGUCCGGAUUCCAUCCGUCCGACUUUGAGAACGAGGUCGAGAUCAAGUUCUUCCCCGCCGGCAGCACGUUAGUGAAAGCAGGCGAGAGUCGCGCCGGACUCUUUUACGUCAUCGAUGGCUUCUUGGACGUGCUGCUUCCCGCCGAAGCCAACGAGCUCGACGAGGACGAUCGCAAGGCUCCAAAGGGCAAGCCUGGUCGCGCGGGCCGAAGCGGUAGCGGUGGCAAGAGCUCUGCAAAGGCCGAUGCGCACCGCAAAGCUCCCUCCACCUCGUCGCUGCGCACUGGACAGAAUGACGAUGCUGCUUCGUGGGACGUCACGCCGCAGAGCUCGCGCAGGGGCACGGACGCAGAUCGCGCGAGUGGCGUCGGUGAAUCCGCCACGUCGUCGCUGCAUCGGCCUCCCGUUCGGGAAGGCUCGUCGUCAUCUUCGUCGUACGGUGCGAUGAGCGGCAUGCGACGACGCCCGACUGACUCGACGAAAGUCGGCAAUGCCCUCGACGGGACUGGCGGAGGUGCCAACGCCAGCUUGCGCAAGCCGCAGCCGGCAGCGACUGCAACUGCGACGGGCGUGCGCACGCAGACGAAAGCGUACGCCGACAUCUCAGGGUCGUCUCGGCCUCCGCUGCAGCAGGCGCCCCGCCACAAUGCCCAGCAGCAAAACGGGCAGCGCACCAAGGACGGCAAGCGUUCCAUCUUUUCCGUGGGCCGGGGUGGCAUUGCGGGCUACCUCUCGAGCUUGUUGGGCACAGCGAGCUACGUGGACAUCGCGGCCAAGACGGACGUGUACGUGGGCUUUCUGCCAGCGCAUGCGCUGGAGCGCAUCAUGGAGCGGCGGCCGAUUGUGCUGCUGACGCUGUGCAAGCGGCUGCUGAGCCUGCUGCCGCCGCUGAUCCUGCACAUUGACUCGUCGCUCGACUGGCAGCAGGUGAAUGCGGGCCAGGUGAUCUAUCGCGAGGACGACGCGUCGGACAGCUUCUUCAUCGUGAUCAACGGCCGACUGCGCGCGAUCACCGAAAAGGGCAACGGGAUCGAGGUGCACAACGAGUACGGCCAGGGCGACAGCGUGGGCGAGCUCGACGUGAUCACCAACUCGCGCCGGCGCACGACGCUGCAUGCGAUCCGCGACUCGGAGCUGGCGAGGAUGCCGUCGACGCUGUUCAACGCCAUCUCGGUGCGCCAUCCGGCCAUCACGAUCCAGAUCUCGCGCAUCAUCGCGCGCCGCGUGCGCGCCGAGCUGGUGCGCAGCAAGCAGGAGGGCGCGGCGCUCGGCGCGCCCAUCCCUGGCCUGCCCGAUCUGGGCCGCAACAAUCUCAACCUCAAGACGGUGGCGAUUGUGCCCGUGACGCGGCAGGUGCCGGUGAUGGACUUUGCGGCCAAGCUGCAGGCGGCGUUUGACGACACGAUUGGCGGGCGCGCGAUCUUUCUGGACCAGAGCAGCGUGAUGGGCGUGCUGGGCCGGCAUGCGUUCAGCCGGAUGGGCAAGCUCAAGCUGGCGGGGUGGCUUGCGGAUCUGGAGCAAAAGUACCGCAUGGUGGUGUACGUGGUGGACACGCCGGUGUCGUCGGCGUGGUCGCAGACGUCGAUCCGGCAGGCGGACUGCGUGCUCAUGGUCGGGUAUGGCGACGAGCCGGCGAUGGGCGAGUACGAGCGGCUGCUGCUGAGCGUCAAGACGACGGCGCGCAAGGAGCUGGUGCUGCUGCAUCCGGAGCGCAGCGUGCCGCCGGGCUCGACGCGCGAGUGGCUCAAGAACCGGCCGUGGGUGCAUGCGCACCACCACGUCGAGAUGGCGGGGCUCGCCGGCUCGCAGAGCGCUGCCGCCAUGGCGACGGGCGGCGACCCCAAGGCGGUCAAGGCGCUGCGCAAUCUCAAGCAGAAGCUCGAGACGUCGCUGCAGCGGUAUCGCAAGACCAAGACGCCGCUCUCUGCGUCCGGACGGCCGCACCACGCGUCCGACUUUGCGCGGCUGGCGCGCAGGUUGUGUGGCAAGAGCAUCGGGCUGGUGCUGGGCGGAGGUGGUGCGCGCGGGUGUGCGCAUCUGGGCGUGAUCCGGGCGCUGGAGGAGCGCAGCAUCCCGAUCGACAUGGUGGGCGGUACGUCGAUCGGAUCGCUCGUGGGCGGACUGUACGCGCGCGAGGCCGAGAUGGUGUCGACGUUCGGACGGGCCAAGCGGUUCGCGGGCCGGAUGGCGUCGCUGUGGCGCUUUGCGUCGGACCUCACGUAUCCCGUAGUGUCGUACACGACCGGCCACGAGUUCAACCGCGGCGUGUUCAAGGCGAUCCAGGAGACGCACAUCGAGGACAUGUGGAUCCCGUUUUUCUGCAACACCACCAACAUCACCUGGUCGCGCAUGGAGGUGCAUACGAGCGGCUAUGCGUGGCGCUACAUCCGCGGCUCCAUGACGCUCGCGGGGCUCAUCCCGCCGCUGGUGGACGAGGGCAACAUGCUGGUGGACGGCGGUUAUGUGGAUAAUCUGCCCGUGACUGUGAUGCUGGCCAUGGGAGCGCGCUCGGUGUUUGCGGUCGAUGUGGGGUCGAUCGACGAUACGAGCCCGCGCGCGUACGGCGACACGCUGUCCGGAUGGUGGGUGCUGCUGAAUCGGUGGAAUCCGUGGUCGGACGCAGGCAAGAUUCCGUCGAUCCCGGACAUCCAGGGCCGACUGACGUACGUGUCGUCGGUUAAGACGCUCGAGGAGGCCAAGAAGGUCAACGGCUGCUUCUACAUGCGCAUGCCCGUCGAGGAGUACGGCACGCUGGCAUUUGGCCGAUUCGACCAGAUCUACGAAAAGGGCUACCGCGCGGCGGUCGACAUGCUCGAUGGAUGGGACGCCGAGGGCAAGCUGCCGUCGAGCAUGGAGCGCGACGAGUCUUAUGAUGAGGAGGACGAGGAGUGGGACGAGUUCGAGGACGAGGUGGGGCCCGGCGGCGCUGCCGUGUCGUCCAGAUGGGUCGACCGCAGCAUCUUCAAUGAAAAGAGGGAGCGGCAACUUGCAGCUGUGCGGUUGGAUCGGGUGGGGCAGCAGCGGUGCCUCAAAAUUGACACGUCGACGCGCACAGCCCGUGCGCUCAUCCAACACCCCGCCGCGGCGAUCCGAGACACAUGCUGCUUGGCGUUCACCCGCAACUUCCCAAUCUGCAACCAACAGCUUCUUCAGCAUCUCUCGUCCACGCGGCUCGCUGACUCGGAGGACAACUCUGCUGGGCAAAUGGGAGCAGCGUGCUGUGCAGGAGCGGCUAUGGCCGGUGGGGCCGGUCCAACGUCACUGGUCGACGGCACGAUAUGGGGGUUUGUAUCGGCGCUGCCAAUUGCGCUGUACCACUACUAUCCGCACGUUGCACUCGCACUCGUCACCCUUCUCGCGGUGGGGGCGUCGACGCUAUAUCUGGCGGUGGUGUGGUUGACGCCGGUGACCAAGACGAGUUCGCGCUCGGAGCUGUCGUACGUCUCGCCCGCUUCUGCAGCGCCACAACCCCUACCUUCGCUGCUAGACGAUGUCGAGCAGGUACAGUUGAGUGUGGUGGUUCCGGCGUACAACGAGCGCGAACGACUACCCAUCAUGCUGCGCGAGACCGUCGAGUUUCUCGAAUCCCUCCGCCGCCAAAAGCGCAGCCUGGUACAGGGUUUGGACGAAGCAGACACCAUCGCAGCAAGUGCGGGGGAGGAGCAUAAAGAUGCAAAGACGGUACGAAAGGCACUGUACGAGCCGUUGGAGACGUACGAGAUUGUACUGGUGGAUGAUGGGAGUCAGGAUGGGACGCACGAGGUAGCGCUCGAGUUUGGACGCGAGCACGCGGUGGAUGUGCGCGUGGUUCGGCUCGUCAAGAAUCGCGGCAAGGGCGGAGCGGUUCGGCAUGGCGUGCUGCACUCGCGCGGGUCGCUGGUGCUCUUCGCCGACGCCGAUGGGGCGACGAGGUUCGGGGACGUGUCGACGCUAUCGCGCGCGCUCGCACAGAUCCUUACCGCGCGCGGACACGCCAUGGUGGUGGGGAGCCGCGCGCAUAUGGUCAAAUCCGACGCAGUCGUCAAGCGAUCCCGACUCCGCAAUCUGCUCAUGCACUCGUUCCACCUCCUCCUCACGCUCCUCCUACGUCCACCAACACCUUCCUCGCUCAUCCCGGCAUUUCUGCGAACCAAGACGAGGUGUGCAAGCGGCGAGCAAAGGCAAAGGCUACCUGUCCAGCCCGAGAUCAAGGAUACGCAGUGUGGGUUCAAGCUGUUUACGCGGCCAACGGCGAAGCUGGUGUUUCCGGCUUCGCAUAUCGACGGAUGGAUCUUUGAUGUGGAGCUUAUCUUGCUCGCCCAGGCCGCCUCGAACCUCGCCAUGCAGACAAAACCACCUUCCAUCCCAACCCAGCAGCAAGGCCAAGGCAAAGGCGAGUGGAGGGGGCUGGAGGGUCUGGCACUGCCGAUUGCCGAGGUGGCAGUGCACUGGCACGAGGUGGGCGGCUCCAAGAUCGCGCUGCUCACCGACUCGGUGCGCAUGGCAUUGGACCUGGUCGUCAUCCGGGCGAACUACGGGCUGCGCAGGUGGCAGCCUCCUCCUCCCGCGCUCUAA